UGCGUCUCUCUGACACACAAAGUAGAAAAACACAAACGAACCUCCCAAAGGGACGCUCAGACCAGAGCAUCUCAGAAAUGACCUUUUUGCCCUUCCCUCAUCCUACGUACAACCAGACCCUGCUUUCUCUCCUUUGACUCCUUCCCUCCUCCUCUCUCUCACUCUCAUCAGUAUCGACCAACAAUGGAAGCUGCUAUCGACUCCGCUUCGGAGCUCCAGCUUCCCGAUUCCGAUGUUGUGGCAUUUAACGAUCUGAAUCAGCUCAGGUCGCCGCAGAAUUCGGACGCCGGAGCAUCUGCCUCUGCCGGUGGAGGCGCCAGGUACAAGCUGAUGUCGCCGGCUAAGCUUCCGAUCUCGAGGUCGCCUUGUAUUACGAUACCGCCAGGGUUGAGUCCGACGUCGUUUCUGGAGUCUCCCGUGCUUCUGUCCAACAUGAAGGUAGAGCCCUCGCCAACAACAGGGUCCCUCACUAAGCCUCAAGCAGUGUUUGGUUCUGUUGCUUAUGCAACAUUUCCUGUAACAACUAUAUGCUCAAACACCAAUACCGUUGACGGCAGAAAAUCUGGCUUCUUUGAGUUUAACCCACACUGUAGAACAGAUAUGGUUCCUGCUGGUUUUAGCAACCAUGUAAUAAACGAACAAUCCAGGCAAAUAGAUGGUCCAGGCAUAGUUCAAUCAUAUGCCUCAUCAACAUUAGUUAAAACUGAGACAGCAGUGCCAUCAAAUAAAUCGAGUCUAUCAUCGACUAUUCAAAUGGUUAGUUCUGGUACUAGUGCUCCUGUUGAAGUUGAUCCGGAUAAACUUAACCAGAAAGGUAAUGCUGCCCCUGGGCUUCGAUCAUCUUUAGUUGAUGGUAGAGGAAAUACCCUUCCAGUUGCAGCCGAGAGAAUCUCAGAUGAUGGAUACAAUUGGCGGAAAUAUGGCCAGAAACAUGUUAAGGGAUGUGAAUUUCCACGCAGCUACUACAAAUGCACACACCCAAAUUGUGAAGUAAAAAAGUUAUUUGAACGCUCUCAUGAUGGGCAAAUAACAGAGAUAAUUUAUAAGGGAAAACAUGAUCAUCCUAAACCUCAACCAAGCCGCCGUUACUCAGCUAGUACCAUGAUGUCUAUACAAGAAGAGAGAACUGACAAGGCUUUGUCUGCCGGCCAAGAUGACAAAGCAUCCAAUAUGCAUGCUCAGGUGCCUCACACAACUGAACCCAACAGUAACCCAGAUCUAUCUCCUGUACCUGCUGAUAGUCCAGACGGUGUUGGGUUACUGUCAAAUAGGGUUAAUGAUGAGGUUGAUGAUGAUGAUGACCCCUUCUCAAAGCGAAGCAAAAUGGACAUUGGAAAUGCUGACAUCACCCCUAUAGUUAAGCCAAUCCGAGAACCACGAGUUGUUGUACAAACACAAAGUGAGGUUGACAUAUUGGAUGAUGGUUACCGCUGGCGUAAGUAUGGGCAGAAGGUGGUUAGAGGCAAUCCUAACCCUAGGAGUUAUUACAAGUGCACAAAUGUUGGUUGCCCUGUUCGAAAACACGUGGAGAGAGCAUCUCAUGAUCCCAAAGCAGUAAUAACCACAUACGAGGGUAAACACAAUCACGACGUGCCCACUGCAAGGAGCACUAGCCAUGACACUGCAGGACCAACAGUUGCUGCUGGUGGGCAGACAAGAAUUAGACCAGAAGAAAGUGAUACUGUUAGUCUUGACCUUGGGAUGGGCAUAAGAUCAGCUGCUGAAAAUACACCAAACAGACAAGGGCGGAUGCUGCUCUCUGAAUUUGGGAACAGUCAGACUCACUCCAGCAACACCAGUCUCAAUUUUGUUCAUAAUACCCGUGCUCCAGCGUACUUCAGUGUUCUUCAUAAUGGCUCAAAUCCAUAUGUUUCUAGAGAAAAUCUGAGUGAUGGUCCAUCUUUGAACCAUUCCUCAUAUCCGUGCCCUCCAAACAUGGGAAGAAUACUAACUGGUCCUUGAAGUUGUUCACAGUGUAGCAGGGAAAAAAACAAAAAUAAAGAUCUGGGUACAAGUUUGUUUUCAUCUUUUUCAGAUGGUUAAACUUCAAAAGGUAAAGCAUCACUUUCUCAAUCUGAAAAUGCAAAUAGUUUCUUUCAUGUUUAAAUUCCCAUCUGAGACCCGCUCUGUAAGUUGGUGGGGUCUGAGUCUCUUGGAAUUCACUGAAAUCUAACUGCUGUUUCUGCAAUAGUUGUAACUGUAAUUCUUCUGUACACAUAUGAAGCUGAUAUUGAAGUUGCUUCACCGAAUACCUUUUGUAAUAGAGCUUGAAUGGAACUAUUUAUGAGAAGUAACAUUUAGUGUUGUGCAA